GACACCAAAACUGGGAAGAGAGAGAAUAAGAGGGUGUGGGGUUUAAUCAAAGAAAAAGAAGAAGGGAAGGGACACAUUAAUUAUAAUUUCUUUUUUCUUCUUUUCUCUCUCACUCUGAUAAUUGAUUCCAGUUGGAAUUUUAUAGAAACCAACUCCAGUCCAAUCAAUUUUUUUGGUGCAGGUCAGGGUGUCUUCUCUCUCUUCUUUCACUGUGGAUGCUUCUUUUUGAUUGCACAGAACUGUGGGUGGCAUAGAAAGAGCCAGAUAAAAGAAAAGACACCCAUUUUUUUUUUCUUCUCUUAUCUCAUCCUUAAUGAUUUCUUCACAGGUCGCCCAAAUAAUUAUCACAAGGGUUUGUUUCAGCUCAUUGCCUGACAUUAUUGAUGCAAAGAAAUGCAAUUGGUGUUGAAGUUUGAAGUGGGAAAAAACAGACUAGGUUUGGAGGGUAAAAAGGAGUUGGACCACCUGGCUUUUCAGAUUUGGUGGUCUAAUUCAGUUGGGCCUCUUGAAACCUCAAGUGGGUUCCAUCAGUUUCACUUGUUUGUCACAAAGCAUUGAUCUUUAUGGGUUUGGUGUGCCACUUCUGGUGAACAUUUAUCUGGGUUUUUAGCUUAGAGGAGUAGUUACAUUGGUGUGCUUUAGUAGCAUGUAUCUGAAUUGCAGGGUGUCUGGUUUUAAUGGCAGACUACCUGCUAAUUUCAAGUUAAACAAGGCAAUGGAGCCCUUGGAUGGGCCUAAUUGUGUCAGUUAUUCGAGAAGAAAGCUUCUACUUCUUGGGAUUUUAGGUUUUAUUACAGUAGUGUGGUUUUUCCUGGGUUUCAAUGAGGGACUUCUGGGGAUGAAAGAGAAGACUCCAGAGAUGUGUGGAGAGAAAGCUCGAAUCUUGCAGCAGCAUUUCAAUGUCAGCAAGAACCAGCUUCUGGCUUUAGCUUCCUUGUUCUCCGAAUCAGAUCAGAUAGCAUCCCUUGAAUGUAACAAAGAAACAGGACAUGGGAUGCUUUUAACUGAUGGCAUUUCCUGUGCUUUGAAGGCAGUAUGUUCAGAUGAGAAAGAAUUUCAAAAGCAUCAUAAAUGGGUGGCAGAAUAUGUUGAAGCCAAGGACCAAUGCCUGGUUCAAGAUGAAAACAUCCCCAGGAGGCUUGACCUAUCAGUGCUACAGGAAAAGUCCUUGGCACACAUUCCGCAGUCUACAGUAUCUGCUAAUAGAAUUUGUCAAAAGGACAAUUUGGGAUCAGGGGCAAAGGUAGAGUGCACAAAAGUGGAUUCUCAGAUUUUAUGUUGUUUGAUAAAGUGUUGUUCGUGGGUUUUUGUUGGAAUGAUUUUGUUCUACCAAUUGUCUGGUUUUUCUUUGAAAUUAUGGAGGAACCAGAAGCAGAAGCUGGUUCAUGAGUGCCCAUGCCAACAGAAAUUGGUUCAAGAGCAGCCAUUGGGUCGUAAGAAGCAGCCAGAGAAACAGCAACAAGUCGUCCACAGUCCUCCUAAGGUUGCUUGCACGUGGAGGAAGAAACUCCUAAUCGUAUUUGUCUUAUUUGGAGUUAUUACGUCAAUUUGGUUAUUUUUCCACUUGAAUGAAAGAGAUUUUGUGUGGAGAGAAGAAACACUUUCCAACAUGUGUGAUGAACGAGCCCGGAUGUUGCAAGAUCAGUUCAAUGUGAGCCUGAACCAUGUUCAUGCUUUAGCUAUUCUCGUCUCCACCUUUCACCAUGGAAAGCAUCCUUCUGCCAUUGAUCAGAAAACAUUUGGUGAAUAUACAGAGAGAACAGCUUUUGAGAGACCACUUACUAGUGGUGUUGCUUAUGCUUUAAAAGUUACUCAUGCUGAGAGGGAACAAUUUGAGAAGGAACAUGGAUGGACAAUAAAGAAAAUGGAAACUGAGGACCAGACUCUUGUCCAAGAUUUUCUUCCAGAAAGCUUGGAUCCUGCCCCUAUUCAAGAUGAAUAUGCGCCUGUGAUAUUUUCUCAAGAAACUGUCUCCCAUAUUGUCUCGAUUGACAUGAUGUCGGGAAAGGAUGACCGCGAGAACAUCUUGCGAGCAAGGUCAACAGGAAAGGGAGUACUGACUUCCCCUUUUAAGCUAUUGAAAUCCAAUCACCUGGGAGUUGUUCUUACAUUUGCUGUGUAUAAUAUGGACUUGCCUCCAGAUGCCACAUCAGAGCAACGAGUUCAAGCGACUGUGGGGUAUUUAGGUGCAUCUUACGAUGUCCCAUCACUGGUGGAGAAGCUCCUGCACCAACUUGCCAGCAAGCAAACAAUUGUUGUGAAUGUUUAUGAUACAACUAAUGCAUCUUCUCUGAUCAACAUGUAUGGAACUGAUGUUAUUGAUACUGGGCUGUUGCACAUUAGCAGCCUUGAUUUUGGUGAUCCACAACGCAAACAUGAAAUGCACUGCAGGUUUAAGCACAAACCUCCUUUUCCUUGGACAGCAGUAAGUGCGGCAGUGGGAGUCCUAGUCAUUACCUUGCUAGUUGGUCAUAUUUUUCAUGCGGCCAUAAGCCGAAUAGCAAAGGUAGAGGCAGACUAUUGUGAGAUGGAACAACUCAAAGUUCGUGCAGAAGCUGCAGAUGUGGCCAAAUCACAGUUCCUUGCGACUGUUUCCCAUGAAAUCCGGACACCAAUGAAUGGUGUUUUAGGUAUGCUGCAAAUGCUGAUGGACACAAAUCUUGAUGCCAACCAACAGGAUUAUGCUGAGACUGCGCAUGCUAGUGGAAGAGAUCUCAUAUCGCUGAUAAAUGAGGUUCUUGAUCAGGCCAAAAUAGAAUCAGGCCGGCUGGAACUUGAAACUGUACCUUUUGAUCUUCGUUCGGUGCUUGAUAAUGUUCUAUCACUUUUCUCAGGAAAAACUAAUGAGAAAGGGAUUGAGUUGGCUGUCUAUGUCUCCAAUAUGGUCCCUGAAGUUGUCAUCGGAGACCCAGGACGCCUUCGGCAGAUUAUUACAAACCUUGUUGGGAAUUCAAUCAAGUUCACCCAUGACAGAGGACAUAUAUUUGUCUCGGUGCAUCUGGCGGAUGAAGUGAAGGGUCCACCUGAUUUUAUGGAUGAAGUUCUAAGACAAGGCUUGAAUUUAGUUGGAGACCUCUCAAACAAAACUUAUAAUACAUUGAGUGGCUUUCCUGUGGUUGAUAGAUGGAAAAGUUGGGAACGUUUUAAAACAUUAAGCAGCACAACAAUGGAGGAACCUGAUAUGAUAAAAUUAAUUGUAACAGUUGAGGAUACAGGUGUAGGAAUUCCACUAGAUGCACAAAGUCGCAUCUUCACGCCUUUUAUGCAGGCCGAUAGUUCCACUUCUAGAACUUAUGGUGGUACUGGAAUAGGAUUGAGCAUUAGCAAACGUUUGGUCGAUCUCAUGUGUGGGGAGAUAGGGUUUGUGAGUGAACCUGGCAUUGGCAGUACCUUUUCAUUUACUGGGUCGUUUCUGAGAGGGAAGACAAGUUCUCUAGAUAUGAAGUGGCCUCAGUAUGAACCAGCUGUCUCAGAAUUUCGAGGACUGAGAGCACUGGUAAUAGAUAAGAGAAUCACCCGAACUGAAGUCACAAGAUAUCAUAUGCAGAGGUUGGGAAUAUCGGCGGAUAUUGCUUCCAGUCUUGAAUCAGCAUGCUCUUAUCUAUCUAGUACGAGCAAGACAAGCCUAUCCACAUGUUUGGCCAUGGUUCUUAUCGACAAAGAUGUUUGGGAUAAAGAAACUGGUGUUAUGUUCCAUCAGUCAGUUAAAGAGCACAGGCAAAACAGCAGCGUGGAGUCUCCCGUGAACUUUCCAAAGAUAUUUCUCCUGGCUACCUCCAUUAGCUCUACUGAACGUAAUGAACUAAAAUCUUCUGGUCUUGUAGAUAAUGUAUUGAUGAAGCCUCUUCGGUUAAGUGUCUUAAUUGCCUGCUUCCAAGAGGCCCUUGUAAGCGGUAAAACGAGGCUUGUGAACAUAAAAAAACCAACUCUUGGAAAGUUACUACAAGGCAGGAAGAUUUUGGUAGUGGAUGAUAAUGCAGUCAACAGAAGAGUCGCAGAAGGUGCUCUAAAGAAAUAUGGAGCAAUUGUCACCUGUGUUGAUAGUGGAAAGACUGCUUUAGACAUGCUUAAGCCUCCACACAACUUUGACGCUUGCUUUAUGGACCUCCAAAUGCCAGAAAUGGACGGAUUUGAAGCAACUCGUCGAAUUCGCUGUCUGGAGAGUGAGGUUAAUGAGAAAAUUGCAUCUGGGGAAGCACCAAUCGAGAUGUUUGGCAAUGUGGAGAAUUGGCACACACCAAUAUUAGCUAUGACGGCUGAUGUGAUUCAGGCUUCAAAUGAAGAAUGCAUGAAUUGUGGGAUGGAUGGCUAUGUGUCAAAGCCAUUUGAAGAAGAACAAUUAUAUACAGCAGUAGCUAAAUUCUUCGAGUCUGGUUAAUAGAGGGACUACUAUGAAUGUGGAUUUAUGAAUGUGGUUUUCCUGGCAGUCCAACCCGAUCUGUUUUAUUUUGGAUCAAUGCCCAGAGUGGAUCAUGGGCUCUCCAAGUAAAACUAGGCACACUGCCAUGACCUGGUUGAGAGAAAUUCAAUCCACAUUUUACAUUUCCUUUGAAUAUGGAGUACUGAGCAUCUGGCCACUGGCAAUGCAUUUGUGUGUGCAUAUAUACGGGGAGACUGGCUAGUUUAUGGUCAUUUUUUAUGAUCAUCUGCAAAGGAAAGGAGAUAUUAUGGUGGUUUCUGUACAUACUCCUCUUCUGUUUGUUUGUAGAUUAGUGAUUUUUUUUUUUCCUGUGUCCAUUGAACACAGAUGUAAAAUUGUUGUAAUGCCAAUAUCAUACCAUUCUUUAACUCUGAUGAGAUGAAAGAUCUUUCAUCUUCUCCAGCAAAUAAACUGAAUUAUUCAUUUCGUUACA